UCCCCGCCCGCUCCCCGCCCGCCUCCCGGCCCUGCUCCUGGCUCUAGACAGAGGAGGACGGACAGCCUCGCAGAACGCGCCUCCUGAGAGCGGCGCCCAGGGACCAGGUCGAGACCGGGCGGGGAAUCCCGCCAUCUCCUGGGGCCGCUGUCCCCGAGGGCUUCUCGGAGGCGGCUUCUCGGAGGCCUUGGGCCUGCCGGGGGUGGGGGUUAGGACCGACAGCCCGGCAGCGGCCCGCGGAGCCCCAGUGUGCCGGCCUGGCAGGGCUGUGGCGGCCCAGAGCGGGACCCUGCGGAGGCGGGGGGGUGGGGGGGGGCGCGUCUCGGCAGGCAGGUGGCCAUGGGGCGAGGGAGAGGACCCCUGGAAAGCAGCCUAUGUUUAUUGACUGCGAUUCGCCUCUGAUCCUGGAGCUGGCAAGGGAGCCCCCGGCGGGUAAGUUUGGAUUUUGCGCCCGUGUGUGUGGGUGCGCUGGGCAGGCCGGCAAUUCGAGGUGGCGGCACUCCUGCCCAGGGGCACCUGGCGAACUCAGCAGGCACAGGUGGUAAGGGUCCCAGACGUGUCCUGGCCGCUAGCUAUCAAGGGGGCGGCGGGGGGGGGGGGGCGGUGGUGCCCCCCUUUGGUGAGACCGUUGGUGGUGAGGAGCUCCCCAGAAGAAGGUGUAGGAAGAGGAAGCCAGGGGUGGGAUGGAGGGCCUGCAAGAUCAAGAGAGGGAGGGAGCGAGCUGAGCGGGGAAGGAGCUCCAGCAGUCCUCCAGUCCCACAGACGUGUGCCUGGCAGCCCCUGCGGGCCAGGCCCCUGCAGGCAUUGGCGAUAUGGCAGGGAAGAAAAUGGCAAAACUCGCCCCACGUGGGUCCAGGCCUAGUGGCAGGGCGCACACGACAGGACAGCCAACAUCUUAAAUGAAGGAUGCUAGAGUGUGUUCAUCGGUGGUAAGUGCCCUGGGGAAACUAGAGCAGAGGGAAGGAGGUGAGGGGUUGGGUCGCAAGUCUGAGUAGAUGAGGGUAUUUCAGAAAACCUUGAAGGAGAUGAGAGCGUGUACCGGACGGAGGGAACAACCAGUGCAAAGGGCCUGAGGUAUGAGUGGACUGGUGUGUGGAAGGGAAUGCGCAGAGGACGGUGUGGCAGGAGCAGAGGGAGCAAGCAGGUGGGAGGGGGGCAGGGCGAGGCCAGGAGGGGCCACAUGGGUCUACUCUGAGUCAGAUGGGCACCCCGGGGAGGGCCGUGAGCAGGCAAGGACAGAACCCCAUUAGGAGGUGGCCCUGUUUACCAUCAGUUCAGCCUCUGCCCCUCCCCCGCCCCCCACCGCCCAGGACAGGGGAGACCCCAGUUGCAAGGCUGAUCCUCAGAUGAUCCUUAGAGGGCUUUGUUGGGUGGAGCAGCGUGGAAGGCCCUGGGGUGACCUGCGGCCUCCCUAGGCCCAGGGCCCUGGGGCCGACCCCCCCAGCGGGCUGCAAGCGCUGAGGUCCCCAGGGAAGGCUGCCGGAGCCAGGAGGAGGCAGCCGGGGUCUGGAAGUGCCAGGCCUCAGAGGAAGUCCGCCAGGAAGGAAGAAGCCUGACUGCAAGAGGCCUGGCGCCACUCCUCCUCACAGAUGAAGAAGCCCCAGUUCCUGAUCCCAGUUCCUGUGUGGGGUCGCCUCCUGCCUUUCCUGGGUUUACAGGAAGCGUGCAUACCAUUUUCUCCCUACGUGCUUCAAGAAGGAAGGACAUUUCCUCCCAUGACCCAGGGCCGUUAUCCAUCCAACCCAUGCCCGGCGCGGGCUCCUGCUGUCGUCUGAGAGCCGCUGCACAGUCACCCUCCAGGCCCCCACUGCCUUUGACUCCUCUUUCCUUCACGCCAGCAUCUCAUCAAGGACUUCGUUACGCUUGACCAUUGGCCGUCUGGUUAUCUUUUCAUCUGAAGCAGCCUCUCUCCCCGGCCUCGUCUUUUCCCCCUGGCGCUGAGACACGCAGGGGACCGACCGGGAACAGCCCACCUUCUAGAUUGGGCCGGUUGCUCCCUUGUAGCUAGUGUCUUUAAGUGGUCCCUCUGUCCCCAGUAUCCUUUAUAAACCGGGUGUGGGGGCACAAGGCUGCACUAGAAUUGGGUCCAGCUUUGGCAAGAGCCUUGUGCCCUCCCUGGGGUGGCAUCGUCACAGGAGGCGUGUCCGACCUGUGUCCAGCAGCCGUUCGCUUAGCUUUCUGUCUCGGGACCAGCGGUAAGCAGGGGAAGACAUCUUGACAUCGUGCGGCUAUCCACGCCUCCUAGGCCUGUCACCCGGCGGUUUUCGCGUCCACUCCGCCUUAAGGGAUUCUUUCCAUCUGAUUAACGUAAAUGUCUUCAUCAGACACAUGAGUUUAUUUCUUCUGGGCUAGUGUUGGUUGACAGCUCGUCACUGGCGAUAAGGGACCUUGCGGCAAUUUAAAUGCUCCGGGACCCCGUCCCCCCAUCCUCUCUCCUGUAGCAUGAAUAAGCUGGAGUCACCCACGCAGCAAAAGCAUCCUGGGCCCGCUCCCCACCAGCCACUGCCUGGCUCUUCCGCUUCCCCACCGGGGAAUUGCACAUUCUGGCCUCCAGCUGGGUGCGGAGCACAUCCUUGGAGCAAACUUUCUUUGGCCCCGCUGUUUCCUGGCACUGAGAGCCGGUGCGGAGGAAUCAGACACUGCCCGCUCUGUCCCUGACAGACGCUUCCUGCCCUUGGUGUGAGCCCCCGCUGCCUCCUGUCCCCAAGGCGCACACGUGGUCUCUCCCCUUUUGCACCCCCACCCCGGCCCCAGUCUCAGCCCCGGGACCGCCCGGCUUGGGCCCACCCAAGGGCCAGAUAUGAGCCAUGCCUUUAGCCUGCUACUCUCUUUGCUCACCCGCAGCCUUCGGCUCUCAGCCUGAACGUGACUCCUUCAGAGAGCACCCCUCCCCUAGCUAUCGUGGCUCCCUCCAUAGUGCGUUUCGCUAGCCUGGUCUUCCUCUGUUCCUUGACACUGAGGUUGUUUACAGGUGGAGUGGUAUGUGUGUGUUGGGAGUUUUUCUGUAAGGACCCUGACCUGAGAGGAAAAGGGGUCAGCAGUGGAGCUUCCGGGGAUGGCUGGAAAGUCGGGGUGCAGGGGUCCUGCCCCCAUGGGAAGAAAGGAAUGAGAAAGAGGAAGCCAAGGCUCACCGGAGGUGGGCAGGACUCCCUGUCUGGCGGCCCACCGCCCAGGUGAGGGGAGAGGGCGGCAGCUCGGUCUGGGAAAGUGUUAUGGGUUGGAUUGUGUCCCCCAAGAGAGAUGUGUUCGAGUCUUGCCCGCCAGCAGCUGUGACUGGGACCUAACCUGGAUGAGGUGGUGCUGGACUAGGGCGGGCCUCAUCUCGCACUUGGCUUUUGCCAAUCCCCUUAGCUUGUUUGUACCCCCGCGAUGGCAGCCAUUCUCUUGAAGGCCGGACCCAAGGUGAGCGGGGCUCCCUGACCGUCUCCGUCCGCCCCCUCAUCAUGCCCCAGCCUCACAGCUCUGGCAACCCCGAGUCUCCCCUUAGCUGCUGAGUUCUCUGGGUCCCCACCCCCACCCCCACCCCCACCCCCACCCCCACCCCAUGUUUGGUUGCCGCCCGCCCAUCCUGCGACCCAUGGGGCUGAAUUCCCCUGCAGCCCUGGGAAUUUCUCACUUUAGGUGCCGGUAUCGUUUGAAGACGUGCCCGUGUACUUCAUCAAGACAGGAUGGAAGCUUCUGGACCUCAGUCAAAGGAUCCUCUCUACAAGAGAGUGUUGCUGGAGAACUACCGCCAUUUGGUGUCACUGGGCUGCACUGUACAGAGUUUACCAGUUUCUGUUCCUUGAGCCAAGCCAGGCCAAGAGGCCCAGGAGAAGAAGAGCGUUUGGUUUUGCAGCCUGAAUCAAUCCAGAAAGGAGCUGGGGUGCCCCCCCCCCCGCUGCAACUCACUGCAACUCACUGCGACUCACUGCGACUCACUGCGACCCACUGCCUGCAGGGCUGCAGGGGGCCUGUUUCCUCCAUUUCUUCUCUCCAGAUUUAAACUCUAUAAUCUAACCACACACAGGGAGACUACUUUCUUCCCCUUGGUUCUUUCUGACCCUCACUGGGCAGAUGCAAGGUUCACAGCGCAGUUCUGGAAUCGUCAGUCGAUGCCACAUGUCCCAGCAGCCUCCUGACCUCCCUGCAGGCCAAGGAAUAACACCGUUAUCCUGCUGGCCCCAAUCACCACCUACUUGGGGCUCCGCGUGCCCACCUGGCCCCCAUGCAUCCAAAGUCCAUGCAUCCAGAGUCCAUGGCGGUGCCCAUGUUGCUGCUCAACCUCGUAGACCAGCUGGGGGAGGCGGACGAGGAGCUGGCGGGCAACUACGCGGAGCUGGGGGACUGGUGCGCCCAGAGGAUCCUGCAGCAUGUUCAGGUUGGGGACGUGUCCGGGGGACGGGAGGCGGAUGCUGGCCACCAGGACGGGUCUCGGGGGGCUGGGGAGCGGGGGACCCCCGCUCCCCACCCCCUGCAGCACCUCCUUGGCUCACGCCCCACCACCGCCACCCCAGCUGGGCGCCGAUGGUCCCCUUUACGGAUGGGGAGACACGGAGGCCGGGGAAGCGCAGGACCCUACACCCUGGGGAAGGACGAGGGCCCAGGAGAGCUCCGGAGGGAGGGGCCAAGGGCAGGAGGGAGGGUGUCGGAGCCCCUGGCGUGUUAGAGGGAGCAGGAGACCCGGCCAGAUCCAAGUCUUUCCAGGCCUCUGUGUGUUCCAGGACAGCCACUUUGGUGGUGGUAGCAGGAUAUCCUGCUUGGAGAUGGUCGGACUUGGCAGGUGCCUGGAGGAUGAACUUCAGAAAGGUGUGGGAGAUGCAUUUGGCCAACUGUCACUAUCAGGGAGUGAACUUCUCAAAUUCAAGAAGAAUUUGGAACUCUGUCUCCGAAUGCUACUGUUAUUAUAAUUUUGUCGUCCACUUUCACCCUCCGACUGUCAGGGUCGGCCUUCCUCGACAGGGGCCAUGGUCUCAGCUGCCGGCACCUGUUUCUCGGGUUCCCGCGCCAUGUGCUCUCAGGCUUUACAACGGCAGCUGCAUGAUGCCUAACGCUUUUCAAGCAGCCCACUGGACUUCGGAAGAAAAGUUUCAGUAGCAUGUCUUCCAGAAGGAACUUGGUACCUAGGAUAAACAGUUUGGUCAAAUCUCAGAAAAUCUUUGUGUUUAGUUACUAUAGCAGUCCUUGUGACAGCAACUAUUUCCCUAAAGCACGUUAUAAAGUCUGGUGUGAAGGGUAUUUAGUCGAGAUCAAAUGUGUUUUAAGAGCCUUGUUUUUCCCUGAAACUUGGUUCCUUUCUUCAUGUGGUACAUUCUUUAUUAUUUCAAGAUCAGAGAUGAUUUAUCAAAGAAACAGUUGUAUACAAGUUGGGAGAUAGUUCCUCCUGGAAGUUCUGCUUUAUUUCAUCCUGGCAAAAAUGAGAAUUCUCCAUAGGACUUUUUCCGAAAACACUCACGGCCUACGUGGAAUCAAACAACUGAAUGAUGCAUCCCAUUCUGAAAGUCAUUCUACUCAGUGCUACGAUGGGGUCCUCAGGGAAGUGGAGGGUCCCGGAGCAGCUGAGUGAAACUGAGGGCAGGAGCGAGGGGGCCAGAAACCGAGGGCACGUUAAAAAGCAGGAAACCUGGGGCGCCUGGGUGGCGCAGUCGGUUGGGCGUCCGACUUCAGCCAGGUCACGAUCUCGCGGUCCGUGAGUUCGAGCCCCGCGUCGGGCUCUGGGCUGAUGGCUCGGAGCCUGGAGCCUGC